GGUGGUGGUGGUGGUCCUAGUAACUCUACACACACAGGAGGUGGUGGUGGUGGUGGUGGUACUAAUCCUCGUAGUUCUACACACACAGGUGGUGGUGGUGAUGGUGGUGGAGAUGGUGGUACUAAUCCUAGUAACUCUACACACACAGGAGGUGGUGGACCUGCUGGCGGAGACUGGUGUGGAAAGGUGUGGUGAUUGGCUGUCCAUGCUGGAGGACACUGAAGUGAACAGGACUGCCUUGGAUUGUGUUGUCAGACACAUUACAAGUGAUGAGUGGGAGGAUGUAAUAAUAACAGACAGCACCAUCACCAGUGCCAGGGCCCUCCUCCCCCUCAUCCCCUCCAAGGUGGUACGGAUAGAGCUAAGCAGGAAGGAAUCAGACGUGCAGGGGCUCAUCUUUGAACACCACAAAUACACUGUGCUGCACCUGCACCACCAAUACAGGCAUCCAGACCAAGCCACUCUCUGUGACUCCUUGCUGCGUGCCAUGCCCAGGAGUCACCUUAAGUGGUUCACGGGUCACCUAAGUGGUGCCGGCACACAGCUGCUGCAGGAGUACCGGGGCCUGGGGUAUCUCCGCCUGGCCGUGUGUGACCAAGACGCCCAAGAGGUUCUGGCCGCCAUCAGCGCCGUCCACGCGUCGCUGCCUCAGCUACAGUUCCUCUGUGAGUCUGUGACGCUGUGAUG